CAGACUCAGGGCCAACUGAGAGAAGAUACCAUUAGCACUUUUUUUAUUUUCUUUUUAAAGUUUUUUAAGCAUUUUCUUUUUAAAUGUCUUUUUCUUGCAACCAAUCUCUGGAUGGCAGUUUUCCUCCGUCCCCGGCGGAGGACAGGAGCUGGCAGCGGCUGUCCUGGAGCUCUCUGCUGAAGGGAGUCAGUCACAGGCUCCAAGUAGACCAGUACAGCAGGAGUGAAAGUGGGUCUGUGGCAGACUUAUCCCUGUCAGAUUCAGAAAACAGUUUCUUCUGCUAUCCUCUGGAGGAGACUUUGGCUGCAGAGGUGGUGGCCACCAUCACACAAAGCCUCAACAAUGCUUCACAUCUCCUCUGCUGCUCCAAACUCAUCUCACCCGACGGCCUAAUACACACAAUCGGUGAAGAGCUGCUCCAUCUGGCUGUGAACGAGCCUUGUGGGCUCCGGGGGGCCCUCAUCGACCUGUGCGUGGACAGGGGGGACCAGGGCUCGCCGUGUACCGUGGAUCAAAUAGCAGUGGAUCGCACCCUGGUCCCAACCUUUCACGUGACCCUGGUGCUGAGGCUCGAGUCGAGUGGACUGUGGCCAAAAGUUCAGAAGCUCUUCAGGAGCCGCAAGCCACUAUCUGCAACGCCUCCGCGGCACCACAACACUCUGAGGCUGAGCACUGGCUUCAGGGCCAUCAAGAGGAAACUGUACUGCUCAGGGGAGCUGGUGGUAGAGGAAUGCUGCUGACGGAGGAGCACGCACUUGUGGGCCUGAUGAGAAGAUGGACUGAGUUUUUAUGAACUGUGAAAAAGGCUGGGUGCUAUGCAUAUAUUCCUUUUUUUUAUGAAGAGAUGUAUAUUAAAACACCAUUAUACAUGUUGAAAUGCACUGACAAUAUGGUUCUGAAUCAACUUGUUGAUGUAAUAAGUUGGUUCCCAGAAUCUGAGCAACACAAGGCAGCUACUCGCCUGUUUUAAAGGUGACUGGAUCAGGGAGACUGGCGUCAGAGCAUGAUUCAGUUCCCUUUCCUAUGAAUGUGAACUCACACAUUACAGGGAAUGUAUAUAAUAGUCAGAUAUUUCCAUCUAAAAUGUAUGUUUUGUACUUUUAACCUGAAGGGUGUUACAGAAUAAAUUAUUUUCAAUUAA